AUGACGGGACAUGAGUUCCGGAGCAUGUAUGCAAAUGCACGGGUGAGGCACCACCGCAUGCUCCAGGGGAGCGUGCGGGGGAACACUACCUUCAUGUACGAGGGCAUGCAGAGUGUCCCGGCCUCGGUCGACUGGAGGGCGAAAGGGGCUGUUGUUGGGGUCAAAGAUCAAGGAAAAUGCGGGAGCUGUUGGGCGUUUUCGGCUGUGGCGGCCGUGGAAGGGAUAAACCACAUAAGGACGAACAAAUUGGUGUCGCUAUCGGAACAAGAACUCGUCGACUGCGACACCCAAAAGAACCAAGGUUGCAAUGGAGGUCUAAUGGACAUAGCAUUCAAGUUCAUAAAAAGUAAGGGCGGUAUCACGACCGAGGAAAACUACCCUUACAUCGGCAAAGAUGGAAAGUGUGAUCUCGAGAAGAUGAAGUCUCCGGCAGUGACAAUCGACGGCCAUGAAGACGUGCCGGAAAAUGACGAAGAUGCACUGAUGAAAGCAGUAGCCAAUCAACCCGUGUCGGUUGCCAUUGACGCGGGUGGUUAUGGUUUCCAGUUCUAUUCAGAGGGGGUAUUUACAGGGAUUUGUGGAACAGAGCUAAACCAUGGGGUGACGAUUGUGGGUUACGGAACAACAGUUGACGGAACCAAAUAUUGGAUCGUGAAAAACUCUUGGGGGCCCGAAUGGGGCGAGAAGGGCUAUAUCAGGAUGAAACGAGGGACUAGAUAUAAAUACGGACUUUGCGGUAUUGCCAUGGAAGCAUCUUAUCCGAUUAAAAAGAAGUCAUCGAACAAUGUUCCCAAGGAUGAACUCUAA